AUGGCGGCAGCCGGGGUUGGGUUGCUGCUUCUGGCCGGGUUCGGUGACACCGGGUUGGCUUCAGCGCAAGUAGUUGGCGGUAUUGAAGAUCGGGUGUUAGGACUGCGGCUGGAGGAGGGAAGUGGCGUGUCAAUGAGUGGCGGAGUGAUCAGAGCUCGCCCUGGUUCUUCCUUCCGCCUCCGUCUUUAUGGAUCGGGGCUACGAAAUGACACCUGGCCCUGGGUAUCUAUUGGCAGCCCCACAAACAAGACUUGUUCCCCAGGGCCAGACUCGCCCCUCCAACUGCUGGAAGAGUUCCGAGUGUGUAGCGAGCACUCAGGUCUGGUCACUGUGCGGGCUGUGAAUGAGAGGAAGGACCGAGGCCUCAUGUACCCCCUGUGCACCCGCAAAGGAAACAGCUGGGCCCCAUUCCCCGGCGGAGACACACUCAUUACAGUCCUGGAGGCUGGUGAGGAAGAGGAGAAGCCGCCCUGGCAAGGAGAUGAACCACAGUGUACCAUGGGCUCCUUCAGCUCCAGCUUGUUUAGUUUUAGGGAUGAAGUUUCCCCAGUAGAACCUUCUGAAACCGCUGCAAGGCAUUAUUUGGCUUCCUGGCUCCUGGCUCUUCUUAUUGUCUUGUGUGUCCUUCUGUCUGGCUUGCUCAGGGGGCUUCAGCUCAGCACUCUAAUCCUGGAACCCCCAGAGCUUGGCCUGUUGCGAGAUUGGGGAAGUCCCAGUGAAAGACACGGGGCCACUCGGUUGGACCCCCUCCGGACGCGCUGGGGCGGCUACACACUGAUCUCCAUGCUGGCCCUGUGCUGCCUUACUAACUCUGCAGUGGCCGUUCUGCUGUACCAUGCUAUAGGUUCACUACCUGCAGCCAUAUUCUCAGCAGCUGGAUUGCUUUUAUUGGCUGGUGAGGCGCUACCAGCUGCAGUAAGUUCUCGCUGGGGGCCCGUCCUAGCUCCCAAGUGCCUAUGGCUUACACAUUUCUUCCUGCUCCUGGCAGGGCUCCUCUCAUUCCCUAUGUCAUGGCUUUUAGAGACAGCGUUUGGGCAGGAUCCAAGCUGCAGCCGACUAAGAGUCCAUAUCUUGGAAAUGGCCCGAUGUGGAGACCCCUACAGUGAAUUGGUGAGGGAUGAAUUCAGCAAGGGGGCCCUAAGGAAUAGGACCGUAGAGGAUAUUCUAACUCCGGUGGGUAAAUGUUUUAUGCUUCCCAGUGAUGCUUUGUUAGACUUCAACACCAUGUCCAGCAUCAUGGAGGGUGGCUAUACCCAAAUCCCAGUAUAUGAGAACGAGCGCUCCAAUAUUGUGGAUAUCCUUUAUGUCAAGGACCUGGCUUUUGUGGACCCACAAGACUGUACUUCACUGAGCACCAUCACUCGCUUUUACAGCCAUCCUGUCCACUUUGUGUUCAGUGAUACCAAGCUGGAAGCUGUGCUGGAGGAGUUCAAGAAGGGUGAGGGGUUGUGGUGAAUGCAAGAGCUGUAUGAGUGUUUGAGCAAGCCUGUAUGUCUUUUUUAGGUUAAAGGGGUGGUUCACCUUUAAGUAAACUUUUAGUAUAUAAUAGAACGGCCAAUUCUAAGCAAC